CAAGCACCAGACGUGUAGUGGGGGAGAUCUACCAAAGUUACUUAGAUAAGUUCACCUCUAUGACUCGGACAGUUGGUUCGUUGUGACCAUCUCGCACCAUCCUCUUACAAACCAACCGUAGCCAUGGCGGAUAAAGAGAAGAAGAAAAAGACUAAAAAGAAGGAGGAGGCAGCGCCUGCUCCUGCGCCUGAACCUGAACCAGCACCCCCCGCGGAAGAGAAGCCGCCGACUCCUACUGGUACACCUAAGGAAUCUGGUUCGACUAGAGCAAGCAGUCGGGGAAGCCGCAAAGCCAAACGCACUGGAUCCAGUGUGUUUUCUAUGUUUACUCAGAAACAAGUUGCCGAAUUUAAAGAGGCAUUCCAACUUAUGGAUGCGGACAAAGAUGGUAUAAUUGGAAAGAACGAUCUUCGUGCGACUUUCGAUUCCGUUGGUCGUCUUGUCACUGAUAAGGAAAUUGAUGAUAUGCUGAAUGAAGCACCGGCGCCCAUCAACUUUACUCAAUUAUUAAAUCUGUUCGCAACUCGCAUGUCGGGUUCAGGUACGGAUGACGAUGAAACUGUAAUUGCUGCCUUUAGCACCUUCGAUGUAGAUGGUAAAAUUGAUGGUGAAAGAUUAAGGCACGCUUUAAUGACGUAUGGAGACAAAUUUACUUCAAAAGAAGUCGACGAUGCGUACGACAAUAUGUAUAUUGAUGACAAAGGUUUCAUCGACACGCCAAGCCUUAUCGCGAUGCUAACUGGUACGGGUGACGAAGAUGAGGAAUAACUUUAAGCGAUGUUCAAUAUGAAAAAGCUUCUGUUAAACCUCUGUUCAUUGAAAACAAAGUCUCGUGUUAGUGUCAGGCUCGUCUGGUUUGCUUCCAAAGGACGAAAAACGGAGAUAAGGCAACCAUAAUCAUUCCCCUUUCUUUGUUCUUCACUGGUAAAAAGUCUUUUUUCUGAGGGAACUGUUUUCAAUAAUAAAAGUCCGUUAAUGAUCGCAGAGAAAUCGCAAAAUAUUCUCUUGGACGUAAAAACAGCGCAUCUGACGAUAAACGAGGCUUCGAAUCUCUAUAUUAUUGUUCAUAUAAUAAAAGUACUUUAAAACUUCGCAA